AUGUGGAGAGCAUUCUUCGUUACCCUGAUAUUUUCUCUAACGCCGCAUGCCAUACUCAGUGAUGAAUUACGCGAGUUGGAGACUGUCUUCGAGUGGAAACAAGUGGUCUAUGGCUUCGCUACGGAGGAAGAUCGUCAAGACGCUAUAGACAAUGAUAACUUAGUACCUGAAAACGCAAUACCCAUCGAUGUGGCUGUCGAUUACCACUCGGAAAAGGGAACACGUAUCUUUACGACAACACCCAGAUUCACCACAGGUAUUCCGUACACUUUGGCGGUGGUGACUAACAAAACUGAGGAGAAUGGACCAGUACUGCUGCCAUAUCCCGACUACAGUUGGCACAAUUCAAAUGGCAGUAGUUGUGAUAAAAUUACUUCAGUGUACCGUGUGGCGAUAACGGAGUGUAAUCAAAUGAUCCUAGUCGAUACGGGCGUUAUCGGCGACAUUCAACAUUGUCCGCCACAGCUACUCGUCAUCGAUUUGAACACCGAUUCCUUGUACCAUCGUUAUGUUUUCGAUCCAAGCGCAUACAUAGAUGUCGCUUCGCGGUUUAUUACGCCAAUAGCUCUUGUGAAUGAUCCUCCGCCAACCGGUAACUGUAGCAAAGUACAAGUAUACGUGGCUGAUGUCCUGUAUCAUGGCCUGGUUGUUUAUGACUCGGAAUUGGAUGCUGCUUGGCGUAUCGAGAAUAGAUUCAUGUAUCCCGAUCCCGAUUAUGGCUUAUUAUCAAUUGCCGAUGAGAAAUUCUUUCUAAUGGAUGGCACAUUUGGUUUGGCCAGUGAUGGAGAACAGCUCUACUUCCAUCCAUUGUCCACUAUAUACGAGUAUUCGGUGCCGUUGAGCGUCAUAAACAACCGUACCAUAUUUGAGGAGGAUGUGGAAGCCGCGCCGCUUGCUUUUCGUCGGGUGGGAGAACGUAGCAGCCCAUGUGCCGCUCAGGCGAUGGACAGUCAAAACAAUCUCUACUUUGUUACAUUCAAUCCAAUCAAGUUGACUCGUUGGAGUCCGAAAAAGCCGUACACACCGAAAAAUGAGUUAGAUAUACCAGCAGACCCGAAACUGAUUGAGUUUGUAAGCGGCAUGAAGGUUCACAAAAACAAAGCCGGCAUUGAGGAAUUAUGGAUGACGUCGAAUCGUUUUCAGCAAAUCGCCAGAGGCACUUUGGAUUUUAAUGAAGUUAACUUCCGCCUCUUACGUCGACCUCUUGAUGACAUACAGAAUGAGUCUACCUCAGAUGAAUCUCAGAGUGGGUCAGGGUCAGAGUGUUUCAGAGUCCUCCUCAGAUGAAUCUCAAAGUGACUAACUGAUCUUCACUCUAUUUUGCAAACGCUUGGUCAAUUAUGGCAUUGUGAAAACCUUUUAUUGAAAAUUAAUGUACA